GAAGAUACAAGGAUGAUGAAGUUUGUGGUCUUGGCUGUUCUGGUUGUCGGAGCGUACAGUUGUGGGCUUCCCACUUUCCCUCCUAUUGUGACGAGGGUUGUGGGAGGUGUGGAUGUGCGUCCUAACAGCUGGCCCUGGCAGAUCUCCCUCCAGUACAAAAGUGGAAGCAACUGGUACCACACUUGCGGUGGAAGCCUUAUUGACAAACAGUGGGUUUUGACUGCCGCUCACUGCAUCAGCAGUAGCAGAACUUACAGAGUGUUUUUGGGAAAACAUAGCCUGAGCCAGGAGGAGAACGGCUCUGUCGCUAUUGGUGCUGGAAAGAUCAUUGUCCACGAGGCUUGGAACUCCUUCACAAUCCGUAAUGACAUCGCCCUGAUCAAACUGGAGACUGCUGUUACCAUAGGUGACACCAUCACUCCUGCAUGUCUUCCCGAGGCUGGCUAUGUGCUGCCCCAUAAUGCUCCCUGCUACGUCACUGGAUGGGGACGUCUCUACACUAAUGGACCCCUGGCCGAUAUCCUGCAGCAGGCUCUUCUGCCCGUGGUGGAUCAUGCCACCUGCUCCAAGUCUGACUGGUGGGGCUCUCAGGUCACCACAAGCAUGGUGUGCGCUGGUGGAGAUGGUGUUGUUGCUGGAUGUAAUGGUGACUCGGGUGGUCCUCUGAACUGCGCUGGCAGCGAUGGAGCCUGGGAGGUCCACGGUAUCGUGAGCUUCGGUUCAGGAUUGAGCUGCAAUUAUAACAAGAAGCCCACCGUGUUCACCCGCGUGAGCGCCUACAGCGACUGGAUCAGCAAGAACAUGGCCAGCUAUUAAACUUCAAACAGAAAUGGGAUUUGUAUCAUCGAUGCCUUGAAAAAAAUUUAAAAA